UCUGAAAACUCCCAUUGCUACUGCUUAUAUACACUGCUCUCCACAGUGGGACUCAUUUCACUUGUUGAUCAGGGCCUUCGGGAGCAUGGGUGUUGGUUCUGCAGAUAUCUGUAUGUCGUUUCAGGGGUCAGUGACAUUCAGAGAUGUGGCCAUUGACUUCUCCCAGGAGGAGUGGGAAUGGCUCCAGCCUGCUCAGAGGGAUUUGUACAGACAUGUAAUGUUGGAGAACUAUGGCCACUUGGUCUCACUGGGUCUUAACAUUUCUAAGCCAUAUGUGGUUUCCUUAUUGGAGCAAGGGAGAGAGCCCUGGCUGGAGAAAGGAGAUGUGAGAAGAGAUCUGUUUUCAGUUUCAGAAUCAAAUGGUGACAUCAAAGAGUUUUCUCCAAAAAAUGUCACAUAUGAAGAUGGCUCAUCCCAGUAUUUGGUAGUGGAAAGAAUUCUAAACCAAGACCCUGAAUAUUCCAGUUUUAAAGGAGGCUGGAAAUGCGAGGAAGAUACUCAGAUGCAAGGAAAUCAGGGAGGUAUCAGGCAAGUGACAGUCUCUCAUCAAGGAGCCCUGUCUCAGCAUAUGAGCAUCAAUACUGUGGAGAGGCCCUAUGGAUGUCAUGAAUGUGGAAAAACUUUCAGUCGGCGCUUUUCCCUUGUGUUACACCAGAGAACUCAUACUGGAGAGAAACCAUACGUAUGUAAGGAAUGUGGCAAAACCUUUAGCCAGAUCUCAAACCUUGUGAAACAUCAGAUGAUACAUACUGGAAAGAAACCCCAUGAGUGUAAGGACUGUAAUAAAACAUUCAGUUACCUCUCAUUCCUUAUUGAACACCAGAGAACACAUACUGGGGAGAAACCUUAUGAAUGUACUGAAUGUGGAAAGGCCUUUAGCCGUGCCUCAAACCUCACGCGCCAUCAGAGAAUUCACAUAGGAAAGAAACAGUAUAUUUGUAGGAAAUGUGGGAAAGCCUUUAGCAGUGGCUCAGAACUUAUUCGCCACCAGAUUACACAUACUGGAGAGAAACCUUAUGAAUGCAUUGAAUGUGGGAAGGCAUUUCGCCGUUCUUCACACCUUACUCGGCAUCAGAGCAUCCAUACUACCAAAACCCCCUACGAAUGUAAUGAAUGUAGGAAAGCCUUCCGUUGCCACUCAUUCCUUAUUAAACACCAGAGAAUUCAUGCUGGAGAAAAGCUCUAUGAGUGUGAUGAAUGUGGUAAGGUUUUCACAUGGCAUGCAUCCCUUAUGCAACAUAUGAAAAUUCAUACUGGAGAAAAGCCCUAUGCAUGUACUGAAUGUGAUAAAACCUUUAGUCGGAGCUUUUCCCUCAUUCUACAUCAGAUAACUCACACUGGGGAGAAACCCUAUGUAUGCAAGGUGUGCAAUAAGUCCUUCAGCUGGAGCUCAAACCUUGCCAAACAUCAGAGAACACACACCCUAGAGAACCCCUAUCAAUAUGAAAAUUCGUUUAGUUAUCACUCAUUCCUUACUGAGCACAAAGGAAUUCGCACUACAGAGAAAACCUAACAACGUAUGGAUUAAAAAACAAAACAAAACAGUUAAUGCCUUACUUUGGACUCCUGGAAAGAAGCCUUAAGUGAGUAUGUUGAAUGUGAAGAAGGUGGGUCAUACUUGAUUCAAUAUCCGGAAAAUAAUAACCCAGGAAUAUGACGGGAAGCCAUUAGUAGCCGCACAUUCUUUUUGUUACAACAGAAGAUGAAAUCAGUACUGAGAAGACUUCAUCUGGUAGGAUUCCCUCACUCGACCUUUGUAAAUUCCUACCAGGGAAGGACACGCGGCCGAUAAACGUGAGAAAGCUUUUAUUUAGAAAUUGGCCCCCAUUCUGCAUCUGUCAGCUCAAACCGGACAGUGUGUGGGCAAGAGUGCACAUUUUCCUGGACAUCAGAAAAUUCAUAAUGAAACAAAGUCAUGCAAAUGCCGUGACUUGGCAAUGUCCUUGUGUACCAUGCAAUAUUUAUUAAGUUUGAAAAUACUCUUCUAAAGAGAAAAAGCAACCCUAUAAAUGAACUGAAUAGAGGGUUUUCUGCUUUAUUUCAGAACUGCAGAAUUAUACUGGGGAGAAAACUACUAUUGUAAGGAGUGUGGCAAAAUCUUUAAAAGAGUUCUGAGAAGUCCUACUGGAGGGAAUUUGUGGGCGUUUUUUUUUUGGGGGGGGGGUUAUUUUUGUUUUAAAGCAAACUCAGAAAAGAAAGCUACGAAUAAAUGUUUUU